GCUGUGCUUGCUCACAAGGCAGCACGUGUGGUACCCCAAACCCUCGUCUCCAAAACCCCUUGACAUUUACUACAAUGCUUGUUGAACACCAUUGAUGCAAUGGGCAUCUUCAGAUCACUAACAAAACUAACCCAUCUCUCCAAAUCUCACAAACCCAUCUCCUCUUUUCUCAACCCCACUCUUUCUCUCUCUAAAACCAACCCAUUCUCUCCCACUCUCUCUCCUCUACAUCCUUCCCACUCUGCUACGCCGUUUUUCUUUCAGUCCGAUGUUGUCUUCCUGCCGAGUUUUCAGGCUCUUGUCUUUCCGAUUUUUUCGCGGGUUAAUUUUGGGGUGAGGCGGGUCGGGUCGGGUGAAGAGAAUGUGGGUGGUGGGGACCCGGUUGGGAAGGGUGGUGGACGUGGAGGUGUGGAUGGGUUUCUGAACCUGCCCAAUUUGAUUUCGAUGAGCAGGUUGAUCUCCGGCCCUGUUAUUGGAUGGAUGAUUUUGCAAGAGAUGUAUCUUCCUGCAUUUGGUUGUCUAGCUGUCUCUGGUGCAACAGACUGGCUAGACGGGUAUGUAGCGAGAAAGAUGGGAAUCAAUUCUGUAAUUGGAUCAUACCUGGAUCCUCUUGCUGACAAGGUUCUAAUCGGAUCCGUCGCAUUGGCUAUGGUUGACAAGGGCCUUCUGAACUCUGGACUUGUUGGGAUCAUAGUGCUGAGGGAUGUAGCUCUUGUUGGUGGUGCAAUCUAUAACAGAGCUAGCAGCUUGAAUUGGAAUUGGAAAAGUUGGUCUGACUUCUUCAAUCUUGAUGGGAUUCAAGCCCAGAAAGUGGAGCCUCUCUUUCUUAGCAAGGUAAAUACAGUCUUUCAACUUCUCUUAGUGACUGCAGCUCUUCUUCAACCUGAUUUAGGAACCCCAGAUACAGAGUCAUACAUCACAUACUUAAGUUGGUUAGUGGCUUCAACAACUGUAGCCUCCACCGCGGCAUAUGGUGCUCAACAUUUACGUAGAAAACCUAUGUUGAGGAAGGGACUUUAACUUCAAAUUGUAUGAUGUUUGUUGUGUGGUGGGCUGUUGCUGAUGAUAUGGUUCCUCUAAGAUGGGGCUGGGAAUGAUUUUCAAUUGACGUGCUCAGUUUCCAGCAGGGAUGAAAGAAGCAGAAUGGUUGUUUAGUUGCUAGAAAGAAGUUUUAGUGUAGUUUAAAAGUGCCUGUUGCAUGUUAUAUUUAGGAAAUUUUACUGUACAAGCAAAGCUGCAAUUAAUUGGCCAAGUGUUGAACACUGUAUGAAGAGUAUCAAAAUGUUGAGGAUUCUGGCAGAGUAUCAAAGUGUUGAUCUCAGGAACAUAGCCUUGUGAAACAUUUCCACCAGUUGGAACUUGGACCAGACACAGUUAUAAUACGAAUUCACUAUUUAAAAUAUCAAGAAUU